AUGGGUCGAAUUGUCGGGAAGAUUCCACUAACGUCAAUGAUCAACUUGAAAGACACGCUAAAAGGAGGACAAUCGUUUCGUUUUCGAUUUUCUGAUGGCGAGAAAAAAUAUUGUGGCGUGGCGAAAGGCAUUCUUUUUGGCGUAUCGGAGCCGAGCACUUCUAACGAGCUGGAAUAUCAAGUCUAUGGUCUAACAAAAGAAAGAUGGGAUUACUUUUCCGAAUCAAACCUUUUGCGAACGAGUUAUGGAUUCUGCAAUUUCUUUCAAAGAUUUCUCGGAGAAUAUUUGGGGAUCGAGAAAAAUGCGCAUUCUCUGCAGGAUUCGAUAACGGAAUUUUCCAAGAACAUUUCUAUGCAUUCGCCCCAGGCUUUUCAGGUUAAAGUUCUCGCUCAAGAACGCUUUGAGACGUUGAUAGCCUUUAUCACUAGUGCUAAUAACAAUAUUGAGCGGAUAACAAAGUUAGUGUCAAAGUUUUCUGAAGAAUUUGGAGAAGAGAUUUAUCCGAUCGAAAUCGAUAACAAAGAAGAGCUUCAGAUUAUCGAGAAGAUUUCUCCCGACUUCUCAAAUGAACACCUUGGCUUCCGACAUGCUUUCCCAACGGCCAAGAUGGUUUGGGACUCAUCUGAAGAAUCCGCAGAAAAGCUCGAAGCAAAGUUACGAUUGAUGGGUUACGGAUAUCGAGCUCCCUACAUUGCAGAAACAAUCGAAACCCUUGCCGCCGACCCGUCCCAUCCAUUUUACGACAACUACGAUGUGAAUGAAUUUAAGGAUUACGAGAAAUGUGUUACCACGCUACAAACGCUCAAGGGAGUAGGUAAAAAGGUUGCUGAUUGUAUAGCGCUUCACGGAUUUCAGUUUGGAUGCUCGGUGCCGAUUGAUGUACAUAUUCGAAGAAUUACUCUGAACGAGUUUAAACAUCAGGACUUACGUGGUCUAAAAGUGGAUGGAUCUUUGACUGUUACGGACUACAAGAGAAUCGGAGACUUUUACCGUUUGUCAUUUGGACAAUUCGCGGGGCUUGCUCAGCAAGUGAUGUUUGUGUACUCGCUCCAUCGCAGCAAAAAUCUAAACAAACCGUUGAAGAAAGCGCAAUCCGCAAAAACGAAAGCCAAAGCAAAACCGAGAGCCAAAGCAAAACAGAGAAAAAAA